GUUGGACACGCGUACAUACGUGCGGUAAUAAUGGAGACUCUACUGCCCGGCAACACCACCGCCAGCCAGUCGUACAGUCCGCAGUUGAAGACCGUCCUCAAGACCUAUCAGCUGUCAGCGGUGAAGAGCCUGCAGGGUCCCAGCUCGGCCCUGCUGGGCAUGGACUGCAAGGCCCUGCUGCACGAGCAACAGUCGGCGACCGCGUGUUUCUCGCCACCCGCGAGUCGUCCGUCGGCCGGCUGCGGCCUGGAGUCGCCGCCCGGCGAGCAGCUGCCGAAGGACGCGGUCGAGAAGGACGGCCGCGAGACUACGACGACGACGACGACGGCGACGGCGACGGCGACGGUGCCGGCGGCGCGCACGGUGACGCCCGUUCCCAAGGCGCCGCGAUCGUUGGACGACUCGGACGAGGACCGUCCCGCGGUAGCGACUGCCGCCGCGGCGGCCGUCGCGGCGGAUCGUCUCAAGAGCCGCGGCUGCGAGAAACGCGAGCUCGAGUUCCAGAUCCCGAUCCUGACGGCGCCCGAUCAGAGCUGCUCCGAGAGGUGCGAGACCGUGCUCGAGGGCGAGAGAAUCUCGUGCUUCGUCGUGGGCGGCGAGAGGAGGUUAUGUCUGCCGCAGAUACUGAACACGGUACUGCAGGACUUCUCGCUGCAGCAGAUCAACCAGGUGUGCGACGAGUUGCAGAUCUACUGCUCGCGCUGCACCAGCGACCAGCUCGAGGAGCUCAAGCACUCGGGCAUCCUGCCGCGGAACGCGCCGUCCUGCGGCCUCAUCACGCAGACCGACGCCGAGCGGCUGGUGAGCGCGCUGCUGCUACGCACCGAGUCCUGCGAUCCCGCGCAGAUCGGCCAGACGCAGGACUGCCUCGACGUGAAGAAGCCGUGCGCCAAGAGCGAGGACGACGACGAGACGAUCGUCAAGUUCAAAGUGUAUCACGAGUGCUUCGGCAAGUGCAGAGGCGUCUUCGACGCGGAGCUCUUCGAGACGGACGACUCGGUGUGCAUCGAGUGCCAGGAGUGCGGUUACCAGUGCUCGCCGCAGCGCUUCGUCCGGCACGCGCACCGCUCCCUCGAGAACCGCACGUGCCACUGGGGCUUCGACUCGGCCAACUGGAGGUCGUAUCUGUUGCUCUCGCGUGACCAGCAGCAUUACAACAAGUCGCUCGUCCUGUUCCGGGAGCUGAAGGAGAGGCACCUCGUGCUCAACUCCAAGCGAAAACUGGAGCUGCGGCACGAGCAUGAAAGAUUGGCCAAACGCACAAAGAAGGACAUUGGGAAGGAUGACUGCGUCAGCAUGUACAACGGCAACGGGCUGGGCAUAUACCAUCCCGUGUCCCAAAUGGCCGCUGCGACUGACUCGUACUUGCACUGGGCGGUCUUCGAGCUUGCUGCCAGGGGCGCAUCCGCCUUCCGGCCCUGGAACGCAGCAGGCAAUUGCAAGCACAGGGACAGUUCAUCAUUGGUGCCUGCGUACCUGAGCCGAGGCCCGCCCGUGCUGCAGCAUCCCGAGCGCGUCAUCCCGCUCUCCGAGUGCGAGCGGUUCGAGCCACACUUUCAGCCGAACGUCGCCCUGGCGCCCAUACCAACGCCCGCGCAGAUUGUCCAGAUACCACCACCCGCGUCCGUUCAUCAGCAACGGCAGCGGCAUCACCACGAGCACAGUCGCCGUCACAGUCAUCACAGUUCGUCGAGUCCGACGAGUGACUCGAAGCGGGAACUGCUGUCGCCGGCCAAUGUCAAACUGGAGAAGAUGUCGCCGAGCCAGGGCGCACCCGCCGUCGGCUCCUAUCCUCUGUAUUACGUGCCCGACGGUGGUCAGAAGGAAGAAGCACCAUCGAAAGAGAUCAAGACGGACAAGACGGAGGGCGAAGAGGAGGAGAGCAGCGCAGCGGUGACGUCGUCCACGGUGAACGUGGAGCCUACGCUCGCGGCCUCGUCCGAAGUCGGCACCUCCUCACCCGAGAGCGAUUCCGACUCGGACGGCACUGCAGCAGCGGACCUUGAGGAGCGGCUCAGGACGCUGGACGUGCCGCAGGACGUGAUCGAAUUGGCGCGUCGCGUCGCGUCGGAAAACGCACAGCUUCGUCGCCAUCGGCGCUCAGACGCGCGUGAAAUCUCGAAGCUGCGCAGUCAACUGCAUAUGCAGAAAUUGGAGCAACAGCAGCAACAGCAACAGCCGCAACAACAUGUCGCGAUCGCCAGCGAGAGUCAGGAGAAACCGGAGGACGCGGCGACAGCGCCGCGCGCCAGCGCGGCCGACAGCACCGAGGCCGGAGCACAUAAUUUCAAUUUGGAGAAAGAUUGCGUUGGAACCGGUGGCGCGGGACUUGGUCUUGGCACUAGAGUACCAUUGCCUCCUGGUCGUAUAACUGGAAGCGCCAGUAUCGAGACCCUCGUGAGGGUCGGCAUUGAGAAGGAGAAUGGACUCUCGCCGGACAGUAAGAUGGUCAUUGUGCAUGAUUUUACCCCUUGCGUGGACGACGAACUCCAAGUCAAAAGGGGUCAGGUAGUGAACGUGCUCUACAGAGAAAACGACUGGGUAUACGUGAUAGCGGCGGACACACGCAUGGAGGGCUUCGUGCCGCACUCGUAUUGCGCGCCGUACACGUCGCAACUGGCAGAGAUGACCCUGGCCAACCUGAACAGCGUGAAGAAGAAACUACCGCGGUCCAGCGAAACCGACUGCGAUCCCCUCAGCGCGGGCCGCCUACAGGAGAUACAACAGGCCGACACCGGAUCGGCGUCGGACUGCGAGAGCUACGCGCGAAACAAUAUCACCACCGCGGAUGUCAACGUCAAUCGCUCCAACAUCACGCAAUCCCAGAACUCUAUACAGACCAUAUCGUCGCAGCCGGACGCGCAUCCUUUCUUCAAGGAUCCAUCAGCUGGCAGAUACAUCGUUCUCUACACGUUUGUCGCGCGAGACGAGAACGACGUCAGCGUCGAGCGUGGCGAAUUCGUCACGGUGCUGAAUCGCGACGAUCCGGAUUGGUUCUGGGUGCUGCGACACUGUGACGGCAACGAGGGUUUCGUGCCGUCCGGUUUCGUCUACCCCGGUCACGUGCUGCAUUCUUAUGCAGCUGCCACCACAACUACUGCUGCCACUACAAAUACGGUGUCCGCAGAGGCUCACAGUCCAGGCAAAGGCGCCGCGAACGCGACGGGCGGUGAAUCGCUGCAGAAAGGAGUCCGGGACUUCCGGGACGAGACUGCCGGUACGGAGUUGGUGGUUCUUUACGAUUACAAGGCGCAGGCGCCGGACGAUCUGUCGGUGAAGAGGGCCGACUGGAUAUACGCGGAUCUGGGGAAUCAAACGGUGGACGGCUGGCUGUGGGCGUACGCGCCCAAAACCCGCAAGUACGGCUUCAUCCCUAAGGCGUACGCGCGACCCCCCGCCAUGACUAGCUUGUAACUCCGAUCCAACGACCAAGUCCGUCUCAAUUCCGUCGCAUACGUAGUUUUCUACGUAUUUCUCUCCGUGUACGUAUCUGUUUUACGUAUUUCUCAUGCAAUAUAAUAUUUCUCUCAC